AUGGUUGAACAGACAACUGCUUCAACAACUGAAGAUGAGAAAUCGCGUGCACUGGGAGCAUACCGCCGUAAACUUGUCGAAUAUCGUGAAGUGGAAGAACGUUUGAAACAGCUAAGAAAAAGAGAAGUAGAAGUUCAGAAAGAACAUGACAAAUCGGAAAACGACAUAAAAUCAUUGCAAUCGGUUGGACAAAUAGUUGGCGAAGUACUGAAGCAGUUAACGGAAGAGAAAUUUAUUGUGAAAGCUACAAAUGGUCCCCGAUAUGUAGUUGGUUGCCGACGAUCAGUUAACAAGGAAGCCCUGAAACAGGGUACUCGAGUUGCUCUAGAUAUGACAACACUCACAAUAAUGCGACAGUUACCUCGAGAAGUAGAUCCACUAGUCUAUAAGAUGAGCCAUGAAGAUCCAGGAAAUAUAUCGUAUUCCGAAGUUGGCGGAUUGAGCGAGCAAAUACGUGAACUGCGUGAGGUCGUUGAGUUGCCCUUAAUUAACCCUGAUUUGUUCCGGCGUGUCGGUAUCACUCCACCUAAGGGGUGUCUUUUGUACGGUCCUCCAGGGACUGGAAAAACUCUGCUGGCAAGAGCAGUGGCUUCCCAGUUGGAUUGUAAUUUCCUUAAGGUUGUGUCUUCUGCCAUAGUUGAUAAAUACAUUGGUGAGUCGGCGAGAAUGAUUCGUGAGAUGUUCAACUAUGCUCGUGAUCAUCAGCCAUGUAUCGUGUUUAUGGAUGAAAUCGAUGCUAUUGGUGGCCGUCGAUUUUCGGAAGGGACGUCAGCUGACCGUGAAAUACAGCGCACUCUGAUGGAACUGUUGAAUCAAAUGGAUGGGUUUGAUUCACUCGGAAGAGUAAAGAUAAUCAUGGCAACAAAUCGACCUGAUACAUUGGAUCCAGCGUUGCUUAGACCUGGUCGUUUGGAUAGGAAAAUUGAAAUUGGUUUACCGAACGAGCAAAGUAGACUUGAAGUGCUGAAAAUUCAUGCCAGCAAAAUAACGAAACACGGAGAUAUCGAUUAUGAAGCUGUCGUUAAAUUGUCAGAUGGUUUUUCCGGUGCGGACCUCCGAAAUGUUUGCACAGAAGCAGGUUUAUUUGCAAUUCGUGCUGAACGUGAAUAUGUUAUUGACGAAGAUUUCAUGAAAGCAGUUCGUAAGGUAGGUGACGCGAAGAAGUUGGAAACGAAACUUGAUUACAAACCUGUGUAA